AUGGCGGAGAGUGCAUUACCGUCGAUCAGUGUGCAGGGCCUCUCUUAUAAGUUCCAGGAUGGAUCUUCUGGCUUGACAGAUGUAAAUCUCGACGUUCCUUCAGGAAGUCGAACACUUCUUAUAGGCGCCAACGGUGCUGGAAAGACCACUCUGCUGCGUCUAUUGGCGGGGAAACGUCUGGCCCCAACAAACACAAUAACUGUGUCUGGCAGUGAUCCUUUCAAAGACACUCUGGAGGGUGUGACCUAUCUGGGUGUCGAAUGGGUUCUCAAUAAUAUUGUCCGGACGGACAUUGACGUCCCAACGCUCCUCGCAUCAGUUGGCGGCAACGCCUAUCCAGGCCGAAGAGACGAGCUGGUCGAAAUUCUCGACAUCGACUUGCGCUGGCGUAUGCAUGCUGUUUCUGAUGGUGAGCGACGCCGUGUGCAGCUGGCUAUGGGUCUCCUCCGGCCCUGGCGAGUGCUUCUUCUCGAUGAAAUUACUGUCGAUCUGGACUUGCUGUCCAGAAGCAAUUUCCUUUAUUAUCUUAAGCGGGAGACGGAAACAAGGCCCUGCACCAUCGUGUAUGCCACGCAUAUCCUUGAUAAUCUGUCCCAAUGGCCCACGCAUCUGGUUCACAUGCACCUAGGUAACGUCAAACAAUGGGGACCGAUAGAAAAGUUCCAAAAAGAGGUUCCUCAGACGGCUGAAAACAGCCAACUGGGUGAGCUCGUCCUCAAGUGGCUCAAGGAGGAUAUGCAAUCCAGGGGACCCAGGAAUGGACGCCAUGGCCAGGGCAAAACCUACGAGUCUUUGGAAGGCAAAGGGGGGUAUGGGUUCGAAAAGAGAAAUUAG